AAAAAAAAAAAAAAAGAUAAGAAAAAAAAAGAGCAGCGGAAAUUCAAUCUUGUCCUUUUCUUCCCUUUUGUUCUACCUUUUCUCAUGACAACAGUUUCUCCAGGAAAAUUAGUGUUACUACAAGAUUUAAUACAGGAUCCACAACGAUAUGACAAUACUUCUAUUCGUAUUACUGGAAGACUAGUCAACUUUCAACCAGCAAAUAAUAUUGCGAUCAUUGAAUAUAAACAGAGUAGUCUUCAAUUAGAUACUGAAUUGAUUGAUAUUGGAAUGAAUACAGGAACCAUGGUACAAUGUAUUGGGGAAGUGAAAUACGAUCAGCAAUUGGGACAACUUGUGCUUAAGCCAAGAAUUAUCCGUGACGUAGACUCAUUAGAUAUGAAUUUAUUCGAAAAGACAGUAUUACUUCGCCAACAACAUGAACAAACUACAUACCCAUCGUCAUAGUUACUCUUUUUUUUUUUUGUUUGAUUUAUUAGUUAUACUGUAUACACUUUAUUUUCUUUUUAAUAAAACGAUUAAAAAUGUAUACAUUCGGAACCCAUGUUGAUUUUUUUUUCUUUUUUUAACAUUGAAAGGGAUAGAU